AUGUCUUUCCUUCCAAUCAUCCAAGCUGCCCUUCUCGCAGUUGCAGUCACAGCUGCAACCGCACCCACGUCAAACUCAACAAGCCCAAUCCAAGAACCCGAUUGGGCCUCCAUUAUCCCAAGCCGUGAACUCGAGUACCACGACUGCUACAACGGCCUCAAGUGUGCUCGUCUCUCUGUCCCCCUUGACUGGCGCAACGCCAGCGACAACCGCCUCACACACAUCGCCAUGGUAAAGCUGCCUGCCGCCGUCCCAGACGACGACGCCACCUUUGGCGGCACCGUCAUCAUCAACCCAGGAGGCCCAGGACUCUCCGGCGUCAGCUAUCUCGUCGAAAGAGGCGCCAACGUCCAAAAGCUGCUCGUCGACAUCCCCGACACCCGCCACUACGAGGUCGUCUCGUUCGAUCCGCGGGGCAUCGGCAGGACAACCCCAACGGUAAACUGCUUCCGUUCAAACGAACUCACCCGCAUGGCGUGGACUCUGGAAAACCAUGCCAAGGGCCCGCUGAGCUCUGGGCCAGUCAUCAGCUACGGUCUUGGGCUCUGGAGAUUCCACUAUUCGCGCUGCCAGCAAGAGGACAGCAUGAGGGGCCCCGACGAGGAGGCACUGAAGUUUGUCAACACCCCGAGCGUGGCCCGCGACAUGGUGGAGAUUGUCGACAAGAUUGACGAGCUGAGGAAGCGUGAGGCAGCCAAACGGCAGAAGCCUUCACAGAAGAAGCCCGCGGACACGAACCCGACAGUUGCGCGGAUCCAGUACAUCGGAUGGUCGUACGGCAGCAUCCUGGGCAACUACUUUGCGUCCAUGUUCCCCGGGCGAGUCGGACGCAUGGUUCUCGACGGCGUCAUGGAUCCCAGAGACUACGCCACCGGUUCUGGCUGGGUCUCCAACACCCAAGACACAGACAAACUGCUCGAGGAGUUCUGGAAGACCUGCUACGUCGCCGGCGCCCGCCUCUGCCCCUUUUACAAGACAGACAAUGAUUGGAAAGCGGCUCAGCAGCGCUUCUACAAAUGGGUAGCCCACCUCGACGACUAUCCCGCGGCCACAAAGUCGCCCUCGGGCGGACUAUUGGCUCUCAGAGGGGAGGAUGUACGCCGCAUCGUCGCCAACGCCCUGUACAGCCCUCUUCAGCAUUUCCGACCCCUCGCGCUGGCGCUCUACGAAGGGAUGAAGGGCAACCCGACGCGGCUGUUCAAAUGGACCGAUGCAGAGAUCCCAAAGAUCGAAGAUGCUCGUCGCGGCGCGCAAAACGUCUCGACCACGCCGGCAGUCAAGGAGGAGCAGGUCAUGGCCGUUCUCUGCACCGACGGCCAGGACAUCAGCAGCCGCCAAGUCGCCUGGUGGCAGGAGACCGUCUCUGACCAGCACAAGCAGUCGAAGCUCCUCGGCUAUCUCUGGGCGGCGAUCCGCUUCUCGUGCUCGGCCUGGCAGCUCCGCCCCAGCUGGGAGUUCCGCGGGCCCUUUCAAUCGCCCGCGCACAGCGUCAAGCUCGAGACGGACCGCCCGGCCGCGCCGCUGCUGUUCCUCAGCACAGUGCUCGAUCCCGUGACGCCGCUCAGGGUCGCCAAGCUGGCGGCCAGGAGCCACGUCGGGUCCGUCGUCGUGACGCAGAAGAGCCUGGGCCACACGGCCUGGGGCAGCGCGCCGAGCAAGUGCACGUGGAAGAUUGUCUCCAAGUAUCUACUCACGGGCGUUAUGCCUGAGACGGGGACGGUGUGCGAGGAGGACUGCGGGCCGGCGUGGAGGGCCAUGUUUGAUGCGAAAGAGCCGUCUCGACUUAGACAGGUGCCCCUUGGAUUGGAGUAA